AGUUUUUUUUUUUUUUUUUUACUACACCUGUGUGUAUACUGCAACACAGCCUUUCUAGCGUUUAGUACUACCAUUGACUGUAAAAAUCUUCUUAUAUACAGUCAAUGAGUACUACCCGAGUUUAUGGAGUACUACUUCACAUGACUAGCAAUGGAUAACCAACGGACACGUGACCAACUGUCACCUAACAAGUGGAUGAGAAGCGUCUUACCGCGUCUUAUCGCGAUAGUCGCCGUCAGGCCACGGAGCUAACCCAGAACAACAUGGCGGAAGAGGAGGUGGCCAAGCUGCAGAAGCACCUGGCCCUGUUGCGGCAGGAGUACGUGAAGAUGCAGCAGAAGCUGGCCGACACCGAGAGGCGCUGUGCCGUGCUUGCUGCUCAGAGCUCCAGUCAGGGUUCCUCCGGCCCUGUAGCCGCAGACACCUUCAUCAGCCGCCUGCUGGAAAUCGUGGCCAGCCUCUAUAAGCAGGAACAGUACAGCGAUCUGACGGUGAAAGUUGCUGGUGAAGACUUUUGCGCCCACAAGUUUGUGCUGGCUGCUCGCAGUGACGUCUGGAGUCUGGCUAAUUUGACCACCACCUCUCAUCUGGACCUGUCAGAUUGCAAACCGGAGGUUGCUGUGGCGAUGCUGCAGUGGGUGUACACGGAUGACCUGGAGCUCAGCGAAGAUGAUGUCUUUCUGAUCGAUUUGAUGAAGCUUGCAAACCGCUUCCAGCUGCAGAUGCUCAGAGAGAGGUGUGAGAAAGGCGUCAUGUCGUCGGUGAACGUGAGGAACUGCAUCCGCUUCUACCAAACCGCAGAGGAGCUGGACGCCAGCACACUAAUGAACUACUGUGGCGAGAUCAUAGCGAGCCAUUGGGAUGAUCUUAGGAAAGAAGAUUUCAGCACCAUGAGUGCCCAGCUUCUAUACAAAAUGAUCAAAUCUAAAACGGAGUAUCCUCUGCACAAAGCUAUUAAAAUCGAGAGGGAAGAUGUCGUCUUCCUGUAUCUCAUUGAGAUGGACUCACAGUUGCCUGGUAAGCUGAAUCAGCUGGACAAUAACGGGGACCUGCCUCUUGACCUGGCAUUGUCUCGUAAAUUGGAAAGUAUAGCCAACACUCUAGUGAACAACAAGGCAGACGUAGACAUGGUGGAUCAGAGUGGCUGGAGCUUGCUGCACAAGGCCAUCCAAAGAGGUGAUGAAUUUGCCUCCAUCUUCCUGAUUCGUCACUCGGCUCAGGUGAAUGCAGCCACCGUGGGGGCGGUGGAAACCCCGCUUCACUUGGUCUGUUCUUUCAGCCCCAAGAAACACUCUGCUGAAGUGAUGAGCGGCAUGGCACGGAUCGCGGAAGCACUGCUCAAAGCUGGAGCUAACCCCAACAUGCAGAACAGCAGGGGCCGAACUCCGCUGCAUGAAGCCGUGGUAUCAGGAAACGAGACCGUGUUCCAGCAGCUGCUACAGUGCAAACAGCUGGACCUGGAGCUGAAGGACCAUGAGGGCAGCACAGCUCUGUGGCUGGCCCUGCAGUACAUCACCCUGUCCUCCGACCCGUCUGUGAACCCCUUUGAGGACGACGCCGUCAUCGUGAACGGCACCUCGUUUGACGAGAACGGCUUUGCAGCGGAACUGAUCAAGAGGGGAAGCAAUCCUGACGCUCCUGACGCUUCCACAGAAAACUGCCUUAUUCAGAGAGCUGCUCAGGCUGGCAAUGAAGCUGCUGCUCUUUUCUUAGCCACUCACGGUGCAAAGGUCAACCACGUUAACAAACUGGGUGAGAGCCCGCUCCAUACAGCCUGUCGGAACGGCCUGGCAAACCUGACAGCUGAGCUGCUCCAGCAGGGGGCCAACCCCAACAUGCAGACCCAGAAGGCUCUGCCGGAUGAUGCACACGGCGUGGCCCUACAGACCCCCCUGCACAUGGCCAUCGCUCACAAACACCCGGAUGUGGUGUCCGUCAUCCUGGAGCAAAAAGCUAAUGCACUUCAUGCCACCAACAACCUGCAGAUCAUUCCAGACUUCAGUCUCAAAGACGCCAUGGACCAGACGGUGCUGGGUUUGGCCCUGUGGACCGGUAUGCACACUAUAGCAGCUCAGCUGCUGGGCUCAGGAGCUUCUAUCAACGACACGAUGUCCAACGGACAAACCCUGCUUCACAUGGCCAUCCAGAGACAGGACAGCAAGAGCGCUCUCUUUCUGCUGGAACAUCAGGCAGACAUCAACGUCCGGACUCAAGAGGGACAAACAGCACUACAGCUGGCCAUCAGCAACCAGCUCCCCCUGGUGGUGGAUGCCAUUUGCACAAGAGGGGCAGACAUGUCAGUGGUGGACGACAAAGGGGACCCUCCGCUGUGGCUGGCUCUGGAGAAUGGCCUGGAGGAUAUUGCAUCCACGUUGGUCCGGCAUGGCUGUGACUCCACCUGUUGGAGCCCGGGCCCCUCUGGCUGCAUGCAGACUCUCCUGCACCGAGCUGUAGAUGAGAAUAACGAGGUUUCAGCCUGCUUCCUCAUCCGUAGUGGUUGUGACGUGAACAGCCCUCGACGGCCGGGCCCCAACGGGGAGGGAGACGAAGAAGCCAGAGAUGGACAAACGCCUCUUCAUCUGGCAAGCAACUGGGGGCUGGAGGAGGUGGUGCAGUGUCUCCUGGAAUUUGGAGCCAGUGUUAACACUCAGGAUGCAGAAGGAAGAACUCCCAUCCACGCCGCCAUCAGCAACCAGCACAACGUCAUCAUCCAGCUACUCAUUUCCCAUCCAGAAAUCCGGCUCAACAUCCGCGACCGUCAAGGAAUGACUCCGUUCGCCUGCGCCAUGACGCACAAGAACAACAAAGCAGCAGAAGCGAUCCUGAAGAGGGAGCCAGGUGCUGCUGAACAGGUGGACAACAAAGGCAGGAAUUUCCUGCAUGUGGCCGUUCAGAACUCUGACAUCGAAAGCGUCCUGUUUUUGAUCAGCGUUCAAGCCAAUGUCAACUCCAGGGUUCAGGAUGCAGCCAAACUCACCCCCCUCCACCUGGCUGUGCAGGCCGGCUCCGAGAUCAUCGUCCGCAAUCUGUUGCUCGCGGGAGCCAAAGUAAACGAGGUGACCAAACACAGACAAACGGCGCUGCAUUUGGCCGCCCAGCAGGACUUGGCCACUAUAUGCUCGGUGCUGCUGGAGAACGGCAUCGACUUUGCAGCUGAGGAUGAGAACGGCAGUAAUGCUCUGCAUCUGGCUGUGAUGCACGGCCGCCUUAACAAUGUCCGAGUCCUCCUCACCGAGUCCAACGUUGAUGCUGAGGCCUUCAAUCUCAGGGGUCAGUCACCGAUGCACGUUCUAGGACAUUAUGGCAAAGAGAACGCUGCCGCCAUCUUUGAGCUGUUCCUGGAGUGCAUGCCUGAAUAUCCUCUCGACAAACCAGACAACGAAGGGAACACCGUGCUGCUCUUGGCGUAUAUGAAAGGGAACGCAAACCUCUGCCGUGCCAUCGUACGAGCCGGGGCUCGACUGGGCGUCACCAAUAAUCAGGGCGUCAACAUCUUUAACUACCAAGUUGCAACAAAGCAGCUGCUUUUUCGCCUUCUAGAUAUGCUGUCCAAAGAACCCCCGUGGUGUGAUGGAUCCAACUGUUAUGAAUGUGCUGCAAAGUUUGGAGUCACAACCCGUAAACAUCACUGCCGCCAUUGUGGGCGACUGCUGUGCCACAAGUGCUCUUUAAAGGAGAUUCCCAUCAUCAAGUUUGACUUGAACAAACCGGUGAGAGUGUGUGACAUCUGCUUCGACGUACUGACUCUAGGCGGAGUGUCGUAGAGCUCGGCGGCCACGCCACAUCCAACCGUGCCCGGCUAUCCCAGAGCAGCAGGAGAUAUACCGUCUUUAUACUAUCCCCGUCUAUGAAAUACCAUUAAUCUUCUAGAGGGACCUUCCAAAUAUAAACCCUUCUGAUUGUCCCACAGCAGCUCUCCAGCUCGCUGACGUCUGGACGGAGUUGAUUCAUUUUCUAAGACAAUGUUUGUGCUCUUAUAACUACAGGCAAGUAACUGUUUCAAGAAUUCAGUCACCUACAGAGAGGCUUUCUUAUUUCAUCCUGACAGAAACGAGAUUACGUUUUUUCUUUGGGUUAAACCCGUCAGUCAGACGUUAGAUCUGACCGGACUCGGGUUCACCUUUUCUGUCAUCUGUCUUCUUGUUUAAUCAAAAGAUGCAGGUGGAUUUAAAGAGCGAGGCUCCUUUUUUCUGUGUGAAGGAUUUCCAGAUCAGCCUUUGAUAGCCUUAAAUUUACAACACCACCCAGUUGUGUGCAAAGGAGGCGGGGCCAACCCCACAGAUAAGAAACGGCGUGCCAGAUUUGAAAUGGACAAAAUGUGACCUUUUUUCUUAUCUCAAGCAGAAUCACCUUUCAGAAGUCCUCUUGAGUUAAAUAUCAUGUGUCAUUAAAUCUGUAGCCUUUCUGAAGAUGUUUUGAAAGCAUUCCAGUUCUGUUGAGUUUCUGCUCCAUCUCUUAGCCUAACAGGUGCACUUUAUAAAAAUAUCAUGACAUUUCCGAUCAACGGGGAGAACGUUGGCUGCAGACGUAGAACCUCUUAAGUAUUGUUAAAUUGUACAGAUAAAUGUGUGAUAUUUUUGACCACUACAACUGUUUUGUACUUAAAUGCUCUUUGUGCUUGUUUUUGUGACAAACUU